AUAUCUUUAUUGACAUCAUAAAUAACACUGCCUAUGUUAAUAUUAGGAAAGUAAAUAAAUCAAUAAAAUAAUAAAGGUAAAUAUGUACAUAAACAUGUAAAAGAGUGUCAAAAUAUUGUUCGUGUCAAAACAAAUUCAAAUGUAGUUCAAAACAAAUAAACCGAAAGUUAACAUUAACAAAAAAUUAAUUCACUUAUCAUGGAAUUUAAUAAAAUCACCGAAACAUAGCGUGCACACGUAACAAUCGUCGCCGCAAAACAAGAACGGUGACCUCUUUGAAAGCAAAAAAAAAAAAAGCAGUGAAGUAAAAUUCCUCGCUUAGCAUUAACCAAUAUUAUUAAUAUUUCAUUACACCAAUUAAACAUUCUGCCUCGAGCCGGAGCGAGUCAGUGUAAAAUUGGUCGCGAAACGCGAACGAAUUGAGAAGAAAAAAAAAAAAAAAACAAAAGCGAAAGGCGCAAACUGAACAACUGAACACCAAAGAUAAGAUAAAAUGUACCGAUAUUGUCGCGGCGCUCCGCACGUCGCACGCUAACGCAUUCGUCGAAAAAUUCUUCCCCACAAUUUACCGUCGCCGUCGUCGUCGUCGUCGUAGUCAUUCGCAGUUCGUUAAACUGAAUGAAAAUUUUACGUCGCUGACUGACUGUGUGCGUCCGCGUUCGGAACAUGUUCGCAGAGCGACAACGCAAAUCGCGUCCGAACUUUGAGUGAUUGAUCGAAGGAAACGCGGCGAGAGCGACUUCGGCGACACAUCCAAGUUGGCCUUGCAUCCGAAACGAAAAACCGCCGCACCGACAAUACCGCCGUUUUACCGGACUAUUAUGUGAGUCCCCGUCAGCACCCGCAAAGACCGUGCCAAACGUGCGAACCUCCCAGUUUCGUGUGUGCGGUUUUUUUCGCUCCCUGUCGCCGCCACGGAUCAGCUGAUCGCCACCACGUGUGCGUGUGUCGAAGGCGAAGCGUCGUCAGUGCGGGCUCUCCGGUGCCGUUUGAUGUUUGCGUGCCGAUUGAAAAAAUGACGACCCCACAAUCGCCCAGCAGCGAUGCGAACAAGCCGCUGUUGGAGAGUCCGGAAAAGCGGCCCGGCAUCAGGGGACCGCCGAACUCGAGGAUCGACGAGAACGGACAGGAGAACCACAAGGAAAAAAGCCUGCUCAGGAACAAAAGCGUUGUAAUCACAGAACAAAAUAAUGAAAAGAAAAAGAUGCAAAAGUGGAAACAGGUCCCACCUGACGGUGGAUGGGGGUGGCUAGUCCUGAUCGGCUCAACCUUAGUCAACGUUCUAGUACCUGGCACGAUAAAGUCCUUCGGCGUCUUAUUUUUGGAGUUCCUCGAAGUCUUCAAUGCCUCCCCGUCUGCAGGAAUGUGGAUACCUGCUCUCUGCUACUUUUUGUACAGCUCUUUAGGUCCCGUUUCCAGCAUAUUGUCGCUGCGAUUCUCCUACCGGACGGUCACCUUAGUUGGAGGAACGUUCGCGGCCUUCGGGAUGAUCAUCAGUUUCUGGGCCCAGUCGAUAAUAUGGUUGUACAUAACGUACGGGAUAAUGGUUGGGAUUGGUGCAGGUCUAUCAUUCCCUCCAACUGUUUACAUAGUCACCAGUUACUUUGUCCGACUGAGAGGCAUCGCCAACGGAAUUUGUAUAUCAGGCUCAGCUCUGGGCUCCAUUAUUCUGCCACCACUUCUGCGAAUAAUCCUCAACGAGUACGGCUACAGGGGAGCGGUGCUCCUCAUGGGGGGCAUCACAUUGAACGUGUGGGUGGCGGCCUUGUUCUACGAUCCAGUGGAAAAACACAUGAAGAAGGUGCCAAUAGAUGAUGAGAAAAAGGAUGCCGAAGACAGCGCCUUGGUGCCAGCCAAAUUCACAAUCAGCACCGAAGACAGCUUGCCUUCGCUGCAGCACAUCCCGCACAACGAUUCGUUCCUGGAAAAUUUGGACACCUCAACGGGCAACUUCAACAGGAGCGUCUCCAGUGCGGCAUUCCAGAAUCUGAAGCCGAACCCGACGAGCCGCGAGAGAAAGAUCAGCAUGCCGACGGGCCGGAACGAAGUCAUGCGUGCCAAAACCAAUUCCCACAGUAUAAUGAACAGUUCUUCCGCUUUACAUUCGGUGCCAGAGAAGCAGAACGGCGGCGGGGCCAUGGAUAUGUACUCCCAGGGGCGCCUGCCCAGCAACAGGAGGUCCAGGACGGGGGUGCCGAAGAGAAGCCCUUCUACUAGCUCGUUUCAGUAUAUCAGUACGCCCUACCACGGUAGUACUUUGACGCUCCAGCCGGAGACGUUCGCCAGUUCCUUCAGCUUGAGGUCCAUUCGAACGAAUAAGUCGGUGGAACCGGAAGAACAGGUUCCUAAGAAGAAGUUCUUUGAUAUAUCCGUAUUGGCCGAUCCUAUUUACCUUAUUAUUCUUAUAUCUAAUGCCACAAACGCUAUAGGUUAUACCAAUUUUAUUAUAUUGUUACCAUAUUAUGCCAAUCAUUUGUACGAUGAUAAAGAUAUGUCGGCGUAUUUGUUGUCCAUUGUCUCCGCUUUGGAUCUUGUGGGCAGAAUAGGUGGUUCUGCCCUGUCCGACGUGACGAAGUUUCCAAAAUACUGGUAUUUCAUUGGAGGACUCUUUGUUUCUGGCGUAUCUUUAUUUAUCAUGCCAUUCUUUAGGGCGUAUUAUGUAAUUGCGGUUAUUUGUUCCAUCUUUGGAUUGGCGUCUGGAAUUUAUGUGGGUAUCACGGCUGUGAUCAUGGCUGAUAUGUUAGGCGAAGAGAAGUUACAAAGUACGUAUGGCAUUUCGCUGUUUGUUAACGGGGUGUUGCAGUUAGUUGGGCCACCAAUUUGUGGAAUUUGGUAUGACAGAACAAAGUCAUUUUUCUCAUUGUUCUGCAGUUUAGGUGCAAUUAUUGUUUGUGGUUCCCUCAUUUGGGGAUUCAUGCCGUUCGUCAAAAACAAGAACAAGACAGUGGAAACAGAUUUAGAAGAAACGUCAUAGUCUGAUGGAUUUAUAGAACAAUUUUUAGUGUAUUUAUGUAAUUUUAAUUAUUUUUAUUAUUGUUUUUUAAGACAGUGGUAGCUAUAAGAAAGAGACAUUCAAAUUUAGUAAUGUAGGAACUGUCCAACAAUUUUCUGACGAAUAUCUUAAAAAAUCUAUUGUUUGGACAAUGUUGGAACACUUUAUACUAUUAAACAGGCUUUUUUUAAACGAGAUUUCUACUUUAUUGAAUUUUAUAUCAAAUUUAUAUUACAAAAUUAUAUAAGAUUGCAUUACUUAUUAUGCAAAUAUUAAAUUGUAUGUUAUAGCAUUCCAUUGAAACUUUUACCAUAUAUUAUAAAUUUAAAUGUUUUAUAAUUAUAUAAACUCCAUAUACUCAAAGAAACACCUGUCCUUAAUACAACAUAUAUUGAUGUUAAUCAGUUAUGUUUAAAAAACUUUCCAUAUCAAUUAAAGGUGCUUUCAAGUAUUUGUAUUUUUAUAUUGUAAUUUUAUUGUCAUAUUUCUAUACUUACAUAAAUUGUGAUAUAUAAAAUAAUUUAAUGUAAUUAUUUCCAAAAUAUAUAUAGUUAAUAUAAAGCA